AUGGCUGCGCCCAGUGGGGCAUUCCAACCUCGUGAGCGCCGGGCUGCGGAGCAGGAAGAGGAUUGGGAUGCUGUGGCGCUGAAGCGGCCCCGACUUGGGGCGGGAAGCAAGAUCGGGGGCCGUAGGCUCAUUGUGGUGCUGGAAGGAGCCAGUCUGGAGACAGUCAAGGUGGGAAAGACAUAUGAGCUGCUCAACUGUGACAAGCACAAGUCCAUGUUGUUGAAGAAUGGCCGGGACCCUGGGGAAGUGAGGCCAGACAUAGCCCACCAGAGUUUACUGAUGCUGAUGGACAGUCCCCUGAACCGGGCAGGCUUGCUCCAGGUUUACAUCCACACGCAGAAGAAUGUGCUGAUUGAAGUGAACCCCCAGACUCGAAUUCCCAGAACCUUUGACCGCUUUUGUGGCCUCAUGGUUCAGCUUUUACACAAACUCAGCGUUCGAGCGGCUGAUGGCCCCCAGAAGCUCUUGAAGGUGAUUAAGAAUCCAGUGUCAGACCACUUUCCAGUUGGGUGUAUGAAAAUUGGCACUUCUUUUUCCGUCCCAGUUGUCAGUGAUGUGCGAGAGCUGGCGCCCAGCAGUGACCCCAUUGUCUUCGUGGUGGGGGCCUUUGCUCAUGGCAAGGUGGACGUGGAGUACACAGAGAAGAUGGUGUCCAUCAGCAACUACCCGCUCUCUGCCGCCCUCACCUGUGCAAAAGUCACCACUGCCUUUGAAGAAGCGUGGGGGGUCCUCUGA